GUCUCAUCGGCCGGGAAGCACUCCAAGUCCUGAGUUUUUACGACCUUCCAGAGAACGAAGCACCAGGGGUUGUCAUCCUGCUUGGCUGAGAUCAUCCCCCUUGGGGGAAGCCUUCUCCAGACAACCUGAGCCCAGCAGCCCCUCCUUCAUUCCCGGAGCUCAUCAGGAAGUUCUGGGCACUGUAAAGGUGUCCUCCUAAAGACGCAUGAAACCGAGACUGACUUGGUGUCCCUGGCUUCCUAUUGGAAUAAGCAAGCCUCGCUCCACCACUGAAUGGAGGCUAAAGGUCACAUGGCACUAAAAUCCGAAUUGGUGCGGAAAAGGUGUAAACAGAUCGUAGCACGAUGAGGCUGCUUUACUCGAUGUACGCUGGUCCUGCGAGUAGAAUCUCAGCUCCCCCCACCCUGGGGUUUGGAUUCCAUAGCCCGGCGAGAGAGAGGAUCCCAGGACGAAGGAGAGAAAAGAGUGACAGAGAGUGAGAGAGGAGAGAAUCUCAGCCAAAGAUGAUCAUUAUCUCGACGCUGGUGAGCCUCCUGCAACCGGUGCUGACGGCGUUGUCGGGGGCUGUGCUGUGGCAGGGCCUGGAGCACUGGUACUUCCUGCUGGGCCUGCGCUUGCUGGCCAUGUACUUUGCCAGUUCGCCGUGGGAGAGUGCACACCAGGAUAUGGCAUGUGCCUGGAGCCCCGGCCAGGAGGCGGAGACCCGGACCUUCUGCACCUCGGUCUGCUACAACCGCCACUUCCUGGACCCCGUCAGGCCCACCUGGGGCUUCUCCUUCCUCAUCGCCCUGCUCCCCAUCACCAUCAUCAGAAUGCUGUACCCCAAAGAGGAUCCUCACGGCAAGGGGGGGCAAGAGGUCACAGUGAGGGCCACAUGCAACAAAGCCACCGAGCACAGGUUGGCGGUAGAAUCCUGCAUGGCUGCCAGACCCAAGAUGGGAGGGGAAUCCAACAUGGCCACUAAAUCCAACGUGGCUGCCAUGGUCUGGCCAGCGGGAGAUUCCAACAUGGCCGCCAUCCCCAAGCUGGUUGGUGCAACCAAUGUGGCUGCCAGAGACAACACGGUUGGCAUCAGUGCUGUGACCAGGUUGUCAGCAGGACCCGACAUGGCCACCCGGCCGCUCUGGCAUGCUGGAGUCUUCACCAUGUGCAUCGCUGUGCUGCUGGCUACCGAGAUUGGCUUCUUGUGGGCCUUGCUGGCCCGGCAGUUGCCCAUGGUGUCAGGAGUUUUCUUCCGCUGCUUCCCCAGUACCCCGGCCUGUCCCCCUGCCCUCGAGUGCGCCGUGCGGGGCCAGGCCGACAAGCACAUGGCUCUGGUCAUCCUGGCCCUCACAACUUGUGUCAGCAUCCUGAUCUGCCUAGGCUAUGGGGGCGUGUGGCUAGGCCGGGCCACCUGUUGCCAUGGGAGACAGGAGCGGGAGUGUGCCCCGUAGGUGGGAUGCAUGAGGGAGGGGAGUAUGUGCUGUGAUGGGUGUCAAGAGGGUG